UGAAGCUGCACAUGCGGCUGCUCCCUGUUCCGUCCCGCCCAGCCACAGUCGCGCAGGAACGGGUCCCUGCAGCCCCCAGCCGAUGGCAGGACAGUAGCCGCCUGUCAGGGGUCGUGAAAGGCUGAGGCAGACGAAGCGGCUCCCUGGCCUCAGAGAUUGGGUGUCUCCGGAGGCCAUGGGCUACCCCGAGGUAGAGCGCAGGGAAUCCUUGCCUGCGGCAGCGGCAGCGGCAGCGCCACCGCCACGGGAGCAGGGGAGCCAGGGCUGCGGCUGUCGCGGGGCCCCUGCCCGGGCAGCCGAAGGGAACAGCUGCCGGCUCUUCCUGGGUUUCUUUGGCCUCUCGCUGGCCCUCCACCUGCUGACGUUGUGUUGCUACCUAGAGUUGAGGUCUGAAUUGAGGCGGGAACGGGGUGCCGAGUCCCGCCUUAGCGGCUUGGGCACCCCUGGCACCUCUGGCACCCUGAGCAACCCUAGUGGCCUCGACCCCAAUGGUCCCAUCACUCACCACCUCGGGCCGUCACCUGAGCAGCAGCCGUUGGAACCAGGUGAAACCACACUCGCCCCUGACUCCCAGGACCGGCACCAGAUGGCCCUGAUGAAUUUCUUCUUCCCUGAUGAAAAAUCAUACUCUGAAGAGGAAAAUAGGCGUGUUCGCCGCAAUAAAAGAAGCAAAAGCAGUGAAGGUACAGACGGUCCAGUUAAAAACAAAAAGAAGGGAAAGAAGGCAGGGCCACCUGGGCCCAAUGGUCCCCCAGGACCUCCAGGACCUCCAGGACCCCAGGGACCCCCAGGAAUCCCAGGAAUUCCUGGCAUUCCAGGAACAACUGUUAUGGGACCACCUGGUCCUCCUGGCCCUCCAGGUCCUCAAGGACCCCCUGGCCUCCAGGGACCUUCUGGUGCUGCGGAUAAAGCUGGAACAAGAGAGAACCAGCCAGCUGUGGUGCACCUACAGGGCCAAGGGUCAGCAAUUCAAGUCAAGAAUGAUCUUUCAGGUGGAGUGCUCAAUGACUGGUCUCGCAUCACUAUGAACCCCAAGGUGUUUAAGCUACAUCCCCGCAGCGGGGAGCUGGAGGUGUACUACAUCAACUUCACUGACUUUGCCAGCUAUGAGGUGGUGGUGGAUGAGAAGCCCUUCCUCCAGUGCACGCGCAGCAUCGAGACAGGCAAGACCAACUACAACACUUGCUAUACAGCAGGCGUCUGCCUCCUCAAGGCGCGCCAGAAGAUCGCCGUGAAGAUGGUGCACGCCGACAUUUCUAUCAAUAUGAGCAAGCACACCACUUUCUUUGGGGCCAUCAGGCUGGGAGAAGCCCCUGCAUCCUAGAUUUUCCCCAUUUUGCCCCUACCCAUAUGCCCCUGCCCCAGGUUUGGGAGCCUGGACUCCCAGAACCUCUAAGUGCUGCUGGUGGAUUGAGGUAUAUUGGCAUUGCAGCCACAGAGAGGAAAUGCACCCCCACCCCCACCCCCACCCCAGUGCUAUUUAUUCCCGCGGUGACUCCAGGAUGACCAGGCCUGCUUGACUUUCCAGAAUGACCUUGAGUUAACAGGACAGUUGAUGGAGCCCCAGGAUUUCCAAGAAGCAAAAUCUUCUUAGGCUCCAUGUUGACUGGCUUAUGGCAUGAUUCUUCAACCCCAAGGUCCCUCUUGUGAGACUUACUGAUUGUUGCACUAAAAUGAGGACCCAGGGAGCAAGCUAGAGAAAGCAAAGGUGCACUCCACAU